UCAUUGUACCGUCUGAAUUUUGCCGCAAAGCAAAUUGAAUUGAUGCAAUUUUAAAGCGUAUAACUCAGAAGCGGUGGGUAAGACAACGAUGUAGUCGUUUGCUAUUCGUUCUUACUCUUAGCUGUAUGUUAAUUUAGUGCGUGUGUGUUUUGUUAUGUUUAGUAUUAUUUUCUGCUUUCAUCGCCGCACCCACUUCAUUUUUUAUUGUGGGCUAGCUAGCUACCAAACUCUGCUGGGAGCUAAUGUUGGUUGUGGAACCGGACAGCAGGUGUAACGUUAUUAGAUCAACGCAGAGCAACCAGCUUAACAACGCUUAAAUUGCCACCACGCUGAAAUUAAAUUAUAUUUGCGGAUAUUGCUAAUGCUCACUAGUCCCCAGAUUUAUUCACCAGCCUGUAGCUUAGUGAUUCGUUAACCUGGUAACCUACCACAGUCAUCAUGACAGGUGAGAAGAUACGCGCCAUGCGGAAGGACCACAACAAACAAACAAAUAAAAAUGAAGAGAUUAUGGACACUUAUGAAGAGACCUCCAACGGCACUAUUCCCAACGGUACCAGUAAUCAUUUCAAAUCCAACAAGGCUUUUCAGAAAUCAAUCAAAACCUCCGUACUGCAGCAGCAGCAGCAGCUCAAUGCAAACAACAUUAACGGCAACCCAUCAUCAAUUGGCACCAUAGUCAAUGAUAACAACAAGAACCCAAUAAUCCUGACAAGCGAGGACUUGGAGUUCCCUGUUCACGAAUGCGUGUUCAAGGGAGAUGUGCGUCGGCUCUCCUCUCUCAUCAGGACCCACAGCAUCUCUCAGAAGGAUGUACAUGGGAACACGCCUCUUCACCUGGCUGUGAUGCUGGGCCACAAAGAAUGUGCCCUGCUUCUGCUGGCCCACAAUGCACCUGUAAAGAUAAAGAACGCACAGGGAUGGAGUCCUUUAGCAGAGGCCAUCAGCUACGGCGACAGGCAAAUGAUCACAGCAAUAUUGCGGAAGUUAAAGCAGCAGUCCAGGGAGAGUGUGGAAGAUAAGAGGCCAAAAUUACUGAAAGCUCUCAGGGAGCUUGGUGACUUUUAUCUGGAGCUGCAUUGGGAUUUUCAGAGCUGGGUGCCUUUGUUGUCCCGGAUGCUGCCAUCUGAUGCUUGUAAAAUCUACAAGCAGGGCAUCAAUAUUAGACUUGACACCACUCUCAUAGACUUCACUGAUAUGAAGUGUCAACGCGGAGAUCUUAGUUUCAUUUUCAACGGCGACGCUGCACCCUCCCAGUCCUUCGUGGUUCUGGACAACGAAGCGAAAGUGUACCAAAGAAUACACCACGAGGAGUCAGAGAUGGAGACUGAAGAAGAGGUGGAUAUUCUGAUGAGCAGUGACGUCUACUCUGCAACUCUGUCUACCAAGUCCAUCACUUUCUCCCGCAGUCAGAUUGGCUGGCUCUUCAGAGAGGAUAAAACAGAGAGAGUUGGAAACUUCCUGGCUGACUUCUAUGCAGUGAACGGUCUGGUGCUAGAGUCGAGAAAACGGCGAGAGCACCUCAGUGAAGAGGACAUCCUGAGGAACAAAGCCAUCAUGGAGAGCUUGAGUAAAGGAGGCAGCAUCAGUGAACAGAACUUUGAGCCUGUAAGGAGGCAGUCCCUCACAGCUCCAGCCCCCAACACCAUUUCUUGGGAAGAGUACAUCACUGCAGAGCAUGGAAAGCCACCUCAUCUUGGGAGAGAGCUUGUGUGCAAGGAAAGCAAGAAGAACUUCAAAGCUACUGUAGCCAUGAGCCAGGAUUUCCCUCUAGGCAUUGAGUCGUUACUAAACGUGUUGGAGGUCAUAGCCCCGUUCAAGCACUUCAACAAACUCCGUGAGUUUGUUCAGAUGAAACUUCCUCCUGGGUUUCCAGUCAAACUUGACAUCCCCGUCUUCCCCACGAUCACAGCAACUGUCACCUUUCAGGAAUUUCGCUACGACGACUUUGAAGAGUCGAUCUUCUUCAUCCCUGCUGAAUACAAAGAAGAUCCCAGUCGUUUCCCAGACCUCUGACCAGUAAACACAACUGACACAAACAGGAAUUGACCAGCGAGUAAAUAUGUUUGGGGGGUGGGAAACACAAAUGAGGAAUCUUGUAUUAAUUGUUUAAUUGUAUAAAAAGAAAAAAGGCAAGGAGAGCUGGUCUUAUUGAUCAGUUGUUAUUCAUUUUGCUGGUGGAUCCAAAGCAAAUCAAUGCAAGCAGCUGUUACAGAGUGCCAUCUCACAUAUAGAUGCGUACGGGCAGUUGUUUUUGUGAAAUGAGUGAUAGCUUUCAUUGUACUCGCUGUUCACCUACUGAGCAGUUAUAUCAGCUGCUCAGUGCUGCUGUUCUCUCCUGUGAAAGCUGUCAGAAAACUCAGCCUGGGCUCUUCAUCGGCACCAUUUUAAUAUUUACUAUAUCUCCUCAUUUCCUGGGGCUGAUGAUUGAACUUUCAUUCUUGAAACUGCACUGACACGGUCAUCUGUAAAUAAUUCACACCUCAUUUGAAAUUCAUAACAAAAAGAAUCACAAAUAUAGCUAUAUCGUCUGAGCUUAAUAUUAAUUUAUAGAUUAAGUACUAUAUAUAUAUGUGUGUGUGUGUGUAUACAUAAACACACACAUAUACAUAUACAUGUAUACAUAUAUAAAGAUGCUCAAAGGAGUAACACUGUGUAGCAAUACAUUUCCAGUACUUAAGAAUGUUUUUAACCAGCUGGGACAAGGUUUAGCAUAAAAAAAAACACAUUCUAACAGUUCAAUAUCCAGGCCUUUUCCCCUGUGCAGGAUGCAAUCUCCUGUAUUUUCAGGUUAGCUCAUGUUACCUCUCGACUGUCUCCAUGUUUGUCGUGAUAGUAUGAAUUCUGUGCUCAGUGUGAGUGACUAAUUGUACUGUAUCAAGGGUUAUUGUAUGUACGUUUGUGUGUGGGAGAACCCAGAUGGGAUAUCAGGUAAACUGUUCUUUGUUUAAUACUGCACUGAUAUAAAGUAUAUUUAAGGCAUGCUACGGCUGUGUUGGCCUACUGGAUCACAUGCAUCUUUAAGCUAUAUUCUCUCAACGAUUGUUAUAUUACCUGCAGACUUACUGGUAUUUAGAUUAAGGAAAAACUGAAAAUUGUAACACUAACACUUUGAAACACCUUUUAGUGCUUAUAAAAUCUCUCCUUGAUGGUUGUCUGCGCAUAAUUUUUUAUUUUAUUUUUAUUUUUAAGUCUAAGGAGAGUAAACGAAGCUGUGAAGUUGAUAUUGCUGGAUAUCCCAAAAUUGCCCAGAUGGGAAAUAGUCUGAUCCAUUGAGUUUUCUCUGGCUUCAGCUGAUAUGUACUGCAACCAUACCUACUUCACAUCCCUUUAAAUAAAGCACCAGCAUCAUGUUUCAA